AUGGCAGUGACGAUGCCUAGGGUAAUCUCAGCGGUUGUUCUGGCAAUGGUGGCCUGCCUUGCGACGAUGGUGUCCCCGGCCAUGGGGACCGCAGGAACCGCAACUUUCUACACGCCACCUUACACACCGUCGGCGUGCUUCGGCAACGCGGCGGAGGGGACGAUGAUCGCGGCGGCGAGCGAGGUCUUCUGGGGCGGCGGCGCGGCCUGCGGCGACCAGUACGUGGUCAGGUGCACCGGCGCGACGAACCAGGGCGUGCCGCACCCGUGCACCGGCCGGAGCGUCACCGUCAAGAUCGCCGACCUCUGCCCCGGGGGGUGCCGGGGCACCAUCGACCUCUCGCAGGAGGCCUUCGCCGUCAUCGCCGACCCCGACGCCGGCAAGAUCGACAUCGAGUACAGCCGGUACGCCGAUCAUCGUCGCGGUCUAAAUUUAUUUGAUGACAAGCUCGCCGCCGCCGACGGAUGGACACGGUACCAAGUGAAUAAAUACGGGCUUGAAGCAAAAUAA